AUGGCUGAGACUUCCACGACAGCUCCAUCGGGCUGGCGAAUCCCGAAGGCAUGCCAGGAAUGCCGCAAGCGUAAAAUCCGCUGCAAUGGACUCAGUCCCUGCAAGACGUGUCAACUGCGUAGCACCUCGUGUGUCUACCGUGAUUUCAUUCGGCAACGCAGAAAGAGGAAUGAUGACAAGGCACACCAGCAGCAUGUUGAAUCCAGUGAGAGAGAGCCUCGUUCGCGCACUGCAUCUCCCAGCAUGCCCCAGUCUGGGCGGAACUCGUCCCUGAUGCACGAUUUCCCCAACAGUGUGUCAGCAACACACAUGGCCUCGCCUUCGUGCCAGAUGCAGCUGUACUAUGGCCCAACAUCGCAUUUCUCCUUGAUGCAGCAUGUCUAUAGAGACCUGGUCUCUAAUAAUCCCACCCAGCUCCAAGCUCCCGCCAGCCAGGUCGAGGAAGCCGGAGCCGGUCUGGAUCUCUUCAGUUUUCGUCGUAUAUUUUUCGGCACCCCGGAUACCCACGAGGCGGGGAAGGGGCCCAAUGCUGGGGAGGUUUCCUUGACUUUUCUUCCAUAUGAGCUGGCCAAGUUAUUUCUCUCCCGUUAUUUAUCAACUCUUUACCACCUCAUGCCAUACCGUCCUAAGAAUGACUUCGAGUGUGCCUUGGAUCAACUCUACAACCCUUCUCCUUCCAUUCAUCCAGACACACUCACACAAGCCAUCAUCUUGCUAGCUCUGGCAUGUGGAUCUCUUGGCACAGAGUACUAUGCUUGGGGCGACGUACUCUUCGAACGAGUAAAGGCUUCGGUGGCCGCCUUUGAUGAUGUGGUCAACCAUCAGAUGGUCCAAAUAUCAUUACUCAUGAUAAGUUCUGCCUAUGGGAAUGCUGGCCCGGUCUUCUACUAA